CUUGUCUGAAAGUGAAAGAUGGGGUGUGGGGGGAGAGAGAGAGAGAGAUCAGAGUGAAAUGAAAUUACCUCCUUUUCUUGGACAAUCGAUCCUCACUCAGCAGUGUUUGUGUUCAAAUGUGCAAGUAAGUAGGUAAACACACAGGUCUACAUAUAUAAAUAUACAUUCGAAAGCAUAAGAGCGAGAGGAUGCAUUUAAGCGAGAACGAGGGGAUCGAAGGCAACAUCUUCGUGAUAACGGGAGGGUUGGGGUUUGUUGGCUCUGCUCUCUGCCUCGAGCUUGCGAGAAGAGGUGCGCGCCAGGUCAGAGCAUUCGACCUUCGAACUACGUCUCCUUGGUCCCAGGAUCUCCACAAAUAUGGCGUCCAAUUCAUCCAAGGGGAUGUCAUCCGCAGACAAGAUGUUGACAGAGCAUUACGUGGGGCAGACUGUGUUUUCCACCUUGCUUCAUAUGGCAUGUCUGGGAAAGAAAUGCUUCAAUAUGGUCGUGUCGAUGAUGUGAAUAUAAAUGGGACCUGCCAUGUCUUGGAAGCUUGUGUUGAGCUCACAAUCAAGAGACUUGUAUAUGUGAGUACAUACAAUGUUGUAUUUGGAGGAAAGGAGAUCGUGAAUGGAAAUGAAACCUUACCCUAUUUUCCUAUGGAUGACCAUGUUGAUCCAUAUGGCCGAAGCAAAUCUAUUGCUGAGCAGCUAGUUCUGAAGAGCAAUGGUCGUCCUUUCAAGAAGAAGAAUGGGAAAUGUCUCUACACCUGUGCAAUUCGGCCUGCUGCUAUAUAUGGACCAGGUGAGGAGAGGCACCUGCCUAGGAUUAUAUGCCUUGCCAAGCUAGGUCUGCUUCCAUUCAAAAUUGGGGAUGCAAGUGUGAAAUCGGACUGGGUUUAUGUGGAUAACCUUAUAUUGGCUCUAUUAUUGGCUAGUAUGGGACUUUUGGAUGACAUUCCUGGGAAAGAAGGGCGGCCAGUGGCUGCUGGACAACCAUACUUCAUAUCGGAUGGGUCUCCGAUCAACAAUUUUGAAUUUAUCCGCCCGCUUCUCAGAAGCCUGGGAUAUGACCUGCCAAAGGCGUCACUUGCUGUCCCUCAUGCCCUUCUUCUGGGAAAUUUUUUCUGGGCUUUCUAUACUAUCAUGUAUCCUUGGUUGAGCCAACGAUGGCUUCCUCAGCCACUGAUACUUCCUGCUGAAGUAUACAAGGUUGGUGUUACCCAUUACUUCUCUUUUGUAAAAGCAAAUCAGGAGCUUGGCUACAUCCCAAUGGUGAGCCCUCGAGAGGGCAUGGCUGCAACUAUCUCAUACUGGCAGGAGAGGAAAAGGAGAACUUUGGAUGGGCCUACGAUAUAUGCCUGGAUAUUUUGUGUGAUGGGAAUGGCUUCGCUAUUCUCUGCUGCAUACUUGCCUGAUUUUGGACCAGUGUCACCAUUGAGAGCCAUUGGGCUUUUUUUCUUCCGCUCCAUCUGGGGUUUAAGGGUGGUUUUCCUUUUAUCUACUGCAGCACAUCUUGGUGAGGCUAUAUAUGCAUGGCAACUUGCAAGGAGAGUGGAUCCGGUAAAUGCAAGGGGCUGGUUCUGGCAGACUUUUGCACUCGGGAUGUUUUCAUUGCGCUUUCUGUUGAAGAGGGGCAGGAAAUAAGCUUUAUUCAAUGUAUUUUGCAGUAUGGCAACUCUAAUAGCACUUUCGAGAAGAACAAAAGUGGGAUGAAUGAUAGACGAGAUGGAUGUUUAAUUUUAGAAAUGUGGCUAUUUGCAAGCAGCCAGACUGACAUGUCACACAGAGCACAAAUGCCUUCCAGGCUAGCCCAAAGACAUUUACAGGAGCUUAAUUGCCAGUUCCCCAUGCCUUCAGGCAG